AUGAAUGAAGAAGAAGUAUCCCCAUCGAAUGUCCCUGGGAAGACCGAAGAUGGUAGAACAUUCCACAGGAGGGUUGUUCUUGGCAAAAAAUGCCGCGAGAAGCGCACAGUAGUAGUGCGCCAUGCAUCCAGGUGCGGGGGCAAAACAACGAAAACAAUCGACAAUCUAGCGCCGAGCAACCCCCACAAGUUCCGUAUGAAAGUGUCCCUCAAGCCGACACACAAGCACGUGGACGGAGAAGUCGUUUUCCAAAAUAUCGACUCAAUUCCCGUCAAAGGCAAUUGGCCGAUCGGCCGUAACGAAGUAAACGGGAUUAGAACAAAGGAUUUGGGAGACGAGAAACGCUCCAGAGGACCAAAACAAGCUGGUCCUAUCGAAUCUCUAUGGUCUGAUGAAACGUGGACCAGCACUGACUCUGCCGGCACCAGUGCGAUUUGUUUCUGCAUGGCAGUUAGAUGUGGAUACCUUAAACAGGUCCAACAAAUGCUAGAAGAGCGGCCGAUCCUGAUCUCUGCAAUCAACUCAAAUAAUGGAUUCACUCCGCUCGCUACCGCCGUGAGGAAGGGUGAAAUAAACACGGUCAAAUUGCUGCUAACUUUCGGUGCGGAUGUGAAUCAGCGCUCUACCUCCGCGCAGACACCGCUGCACCUGGCUGUGCUGGCGGCGAGUGUGCCCAUUGCAGCUCUACUUCUGGAGAAAGGAGCUGAUACGGAGCUUCGAGAUAUCAACCAGCUACGUAUGGAGCAUUACGCCGUAGACUCGGGUAACUUGGAGAUCUUGAAAUUUGUCUUGCGCCACGGAGAUGUCACCGUGCGGGACAGUAAUGGGUGGACACCGCUGUUUAGAGCAGUCUGCCAAGGAUCAAAGACAGAGCUAAUAGAAGAACUGGUAAAGCACGGGAGCAACGUGGAGGUCACUGACCGCGCCGGCCUUACUCUUAUUGCUGCAGCUCGACUUUUGAAGGACAGACACGGCCGCCGAAGAGAAUCAGUUCUGAAGUUAGUUGAUAUUCAAUUUCAACAUGAAAAGGCGCUCGCAAACUUCACACGACUUACUAAGAAAAUCUCCAGUGUACAGACCUUGCUUCAUGUUAAGUGA